AACAAGAUAAAUGGAUCACUCCAUUCUUUGCUUCCCACCCCUCCCCCAAGUAAAAGAGCUGUAUUUUACGGUCAGCGGUAUUCCAAUCGGCCUCUUCUCCCUCGACGCCAUUUUAGUUGGGUCAAAAUGGGCAAAUUUAUCAAAUCUGGCAAGGUUGUUCUUGUGCUUCGUGGCCGGUACGCUGGCAAGAAGGCCUUGAUCAUCAAGAACUACGAUGAUGGCAGCUCUGAUAAACCUUACGGCCAUGCUCUUGUUGCUGGAGUUGCCAGAUACCCUCUUAAGGUUACCAAGCGUAUGGGUAAGAAGAGGACAGCCAAGAGGUCCAAGGUCAAGCCAUUUGUGAAGGUGUUCAACUACAACCAUCUUAUGCCCACACGCUACUCUGUAGAUGUCCCAUUAGACAAGCAAGUUGUCAACAAGGAUGUCUUCAGAGACCCCGCCCUGAAAAAGAAAGCUCUCAGGGAAGUGAAAUCCACGUUAGAGGAACGAUACAAGUCCGGCAAGAACAAGUGGUUUUUCCAGAAGCUGAGGUUCUAAGAGCACAACCUUGUAAAAUAUAAUAAAGCCAUUUGAAAUGUA